GAGAAUCCAGAGCCAGACAGAGCGAGCAUUUACCACUCUGUCAUCAUCAACACCUCCAAGGAGAUGAUGUGUUUCAGUGACUUUCCCAUCCCUGGUCACUUCCCAAACUACAUGCAUAACUCCCUCAUCAUGGACUACUUCCGGAUGUAUGCUGACCACUUCCAGCUCACCAAGCACAUACGCUUCAAUACCAAAGUCUUGCAGGUGAAGCAGAGAUCAGAUUUUUCUCAUUCAGGCCAGUGGGACGUUGAAAACGAGAACAAGGACGGCAAAAAGGAGAGACACAUUUUAGAUGCGGUGAUGAUCUGUAUUGGACAUCACUGCCAGCCCAACCUGCCACUGCAUGACUUCCCAGGCAUUGACACCUUCACGGGAAAGUACUUCCACAGCAGAGACUACAAGACUCCUGAGGAGUGGAGGGAUAAAAAGGUUGUAGUGAUUGGGAUAGGAAACUCUGGAGGAGACAUAGCAGUGGAGCUGAGCAGAGUCACCAAGCAGGUCAGGAUGACAUAGUUACAUAUGGUGAAA